AGAGUAGAUGUUGCUGAUCUUUAGCUCAUUAGAUGGUCAGUUAGCUCCAUCUAGUGGACAGAUAGUAGAACUCCAUCAUCUGAUGGGGGACCUUAAAUCAUCAGUGAAAAAUGAAGGAUGUGUCAGAACUUGUCCAAUAACUUAGAUCCAUGAUGCAUUAUAUUUAAACCACAGCCAUCUUCCAACUACUGAGACCGACUUGGUUUGUGUGUGUCUGAAGGAAAGAUCAGCUGAUCACUGUUUUCUACAGCAUCUGGGACAUGUUGGAGAGGAAUGAGAGACUAAUGUGUCCUGUGAUGAAAAGGUUGUCAUAGUAACAGAGGUGAUGUCUCCCAGCAGGUGUGGACUCUGCUAUGAGUCAGUGUGAGGACAGAGAGGAGGGACCCCCUCCCUCUAAAACCACUCUGUGGGGGGACCAUGACAGCCAGACCAAAGCUCAGAGGACGCAGCAGCAGAAACCUGGACCUGGACCCAGCUGUGUGUCCAUGAAGAGUGACUGGUCUACGGGUCGUCUUAUUAACUUUAAAGAUGGACAAGGUGUUGAUGGAAGUCUGCAGAAAAGACCUGAACCUGGACCUGGACCCAGCUGUGUGUCCAUGAAGAGUGACCGGUCUAUAGGUUGUCCUUUGAACUUUAAAGAUGGACAAGCUGUUGAUGAAAGAGUUCACCAGGAGAGCUCAGAGGGCCUCGGUGGUCAGUCUGACCUGCAGCAGCAAACAGACCUGGACUCCAUAUUUAUGCUGCUGGAGGAGAACAUUGUCACUUUUAUAAAGAACGAGCUGAAGAAGAUUCAGAAGGUUCUAUGUCCAGAUUACCCAGAAUGCUUAGAGAGUCAGAGGGAGGAUGAGGAGGUUUUGGAGGGUGAGGAUGAAGAGCAGAAGAGGAGCAGAGAAGCAUUUCUGAAGAUCACACUGCACUUCCUGAGGAGAAUGAAGCAGGAGGAGCUGGCUGACCGUCUGCAGAGCAGAAGUCAUUCUGGAGUUUGUCAGCGUAAACUCAAGACUAACCAGAAGAUAAAGUUCCAGUGUGUGUUUGAGGGGAUUGCUAAAGCAGGAAACCCAACCGUUCUGCAUCAGAUGUUCACAGAGAUCUACAUCAUGGAGGGAGGGGCUGCAGGGGUCAAUGAAGAACAUGAGGUCAGACAGAUUGAUACAGCAUCCAGGACAGACAGACCAGAAACAAUAAUCAGAUGUGAAGACAUCUUUAAAGCCCCACCUGGAGAUGAACCAAUCAGAACCGUGAUGACAAAGGGAGUGGCUGGCAUCGGGAAAACAGUCUUAACACAGAAGUUCACUCUGGACUGGGCUGAAGGCAAAGCCAACCAGGACACAGUCAUAUCCCCAUUCACCUUCAGAGAGCUGAAUGUGCUGAAAGAGAGAAAGUUCAGCUUGGUAGAACUUGUUGAUCACUUCUUUAGUGAAACCAAAGAAGCAGGAAUCAGCAGGUUUGAAGAGGUCCAGGUGGUCUUCAUCUUUGACGGUCUGGAUGAGUGUCGACUUCCUCUGGACUUCCUCAACACUGAGAUCCUGACUGAUGUUACAGAGUCCACCUCAGUGGGUGUGCUGCUGACAAACCUCAUCAGGGGGAAUCUGCUUCCCUCUGCUCGCCUCUGGAUAACCACCCGACCUGCAGCAGCCAAUCAGAUCCCUGCUGAGUAUGUUGACAUGGUGACAGAGGUCAGAGGGUUCACUGACCCACAGAAGGAGGAUUAUUUCAGUAAGAGAUACAGAGACAAGAAGCAGGCCAGCAGAAUCAUCUCCCACAUCAAGACAUCACGAAGCCUCCACAUCAUGUGCCACAUCCCAGUCUUCUGCUGGAUCACUGCUACAGUUCUGGAGAAGGUGUGGGAGACCAGAGAGGCAGGACAGCUGCCCAAGACCCUGACUGAGAUGUACAUCCACUUCCUGGUGGUUCAGUCCAAAUUGAACAUUAAAUAUCAUGGGAAAUCUGAGAUAGAUCAACACUGGAGUCCAGAGACCAGGAAGAUGAUUGAGUCUCUGGGAAAACUGGCUUUUGAGCAGCUGCAGAAAGGCAACCUGAUCUUCUAUGAAUCAGACCUGACAGAGUGUGGCAUCGAUAUCAGAGCAGCAUCAGUGUACUCAGGAGUGUUCACACAGAUCUUUAAAGAGGAGAGUGGACUGUACCAGGACAAGGUGUUCUGCUUCGUCCAUCUGAGUGUUCAGGAGUUCCUGGCUGCUCUUCAUGUCCAUCUGACCUUCACCAACUCUGGAGUCAACCUGCUGGCAGAAGAACGAACAACCUCCUGGCUAUCUAAAGUCUUCAGAGAAACCCUUCAACUAAAACAUCUCCAUCAGAGUGCUGUGGACAAGGCCUUACAGAGUCCAAAUGGACACCUGGACUUGUUCCUCCGCUUCCUCCUGGGUAUUUCACUGCAGACCAAUCAGAGACACCUACAAGGUUUUAUGACACAGACAGGAAGUAGCUCAAAGACCAAAAAGGAAACAGUCAAGUACAUCAAGACGAAGAUCAGUGAGAAUCUGUCUGCAGAGAGAAGCAUCAAUCUGUUCCACUGUCUGAAUGAACUGAAUGAUGGUUCUCUAGUGGAGCAGAUCCAACAGUCCCUGAGAUCAGGAAGUCUCUUCACAGAUAAACUGUCUCCUGCUCAGUGGUCAGCUCUGGUCUUCAUCUUACUGUCAUCAGAAGAAGAUCUGGACGUGUUUGACCUGAAGAAAUACUCUGCUUCAGAGGAGGCUCUUCUGAGGCUGCUGCCAGUGGUCAAAGCCUCCAACAAAGCUCUGCUGAGUGGGUGUGACCUGUCAGAAAGAAGCUGUGAAGCUCUGUCCUCAGUUCUCAGCUCCCAGUCCUCUAGUCUGAGAGAGCUGGACCUGAGUAACAACAACCUGCAGGAUUCAGGAGUGGAGCAUCUGUCCUCUGGAUUGAAGAGUCCACACUGCAGACUGGAAACUCUCAGGUUAAGUGGCUGUAAGCUGUCAGAGAGAAGCUGUGAAGCUCUGUCCUCAGUUCUCAGCUCCCAGUCCUCUAGUCUGAGAGAGCUGGACCUGAGUAACAACGACCUGCAGGAUUCAGGAGUGGAGCUGAUGUCUCCUGGACUGAAGAGUCCACACUGCAGACUGGAAACUCUCAGACUGAGUGGUUGUAACCUAUCAGAGAGAAGCUGUGAAGCUCUGUCCUCAGUUCUCAACUCUCAGUCCUCUAGUCUGAGAGACCUGGACCUGAGUAACAAUGACCUGCAGGAUUCAGGAGGGAAGCAUCUGUCCUCUGGAUUGAAGAGUCCACACUGCAGACUGGAAACUCUCAGUCUCUCAUUCUGUAUGAUCUCAGAGGAAGGCUGUACUUCUCUGGCCUCAGCUCUGAGCUUCAACCCCUCCCAUCUGAGAGUGCUGGACCUGAGCUACAAUCAUCCAGGAGACUCAGGAGUGAAGCGGCUUUCUGCUUUACUGGAGGAUCCAGACUGCAGACUGGACACUCUCAGGGUGGACCAUGGUGGACCACAGAGACUGAGACCUGGUGUGAGGAAGUAUGUCUGUGAACUGGAACUGGACACAAACACAGUACACAGUGACCUCAAACUGUCUGACAACAACAGGAAGGUGACACAUGUGGAGAAGGAUCAGUCAUAUCCUGAUCAUCCAGACAGAUUUGACUACUGGCGUCAGCUGCUGUGUAGAGAUGGUCUGACUGGUCGCUGUUACUGGGAGGUCGAGAGGAGAGGAGAUGUUUAUAUAUCAGUGAGUUACAGAGGAAUCAGAAGGAAAGGAAACAGUGAUGACUGUGUGUUUGGAUAUAAUGAUCAUUCCUGGAGUCUGUUCUGCUAUGAUGAACGUGGUUACUCUGUCUGUCACAAUAAGAGAAGAACAGUCCUCACGUCCUGCUCUGUCUCUAACAGAGUAGCAGUGUAUGUGGACGUUCCUGCUGGCUCUCUGUCCUUCUACACAGUCUCCUCUGACUCACUGAUCCACCUCCACACCUUCAACACCACAUUCACUCAGCCUCUCUAUCCUGGGUUUGGGGUCGGCUCUGGUUCCUCAGUGUCUCUGUGUCCUCUGCAGGACUGAGAGUCUCUCCUGUGGACAGAAACACUGACUGAAGACCAGCUGAUCAGAUCUGUCU